AUGCCUCCCUCACCUAGUAGAGUCAAGACAAAGAAGUGUCAGAAAGCAUGUGUACGAUGUCGGGGAAUGAAAGUGAAGUGCUCGGGAUCAGAACCCUGUACCAGAUGUUCGCGCAAGAAAUUACGCUGUCAUUUUCCUGAGGAGGAUGUGCGAAUUUCGGUAUCGGAGAGAUACUUGAGGCAAUUAGAAGAGCAAAUAUCAAACAACAAUACGAGUAUACGUCAUUCUCAAUCAGUCGGGAGUUCUGGUGGGGCCAGGAAUGACGUUGGCCUGUCAGCUUCUAAUCAGAACCUGCUGUUAGAAGAUCAGCGAUGGGGCGACAUCAGCUAUGAUGAAGGAAUUGACUCGAGUGUUCGAGCAACAGAGGUUUUGCCUCCACAAAGAAAUGAUGAGAGUGAUCCCGACACAGAACAAGAUGGACAACGGCGCUUUUCCAGAAAUCCUCUGGUGGAUAAGAAUCCGCAAUUCGCAAGAACACCAGAUGGCCGAUUCUGGUAUAUGGGCCCGACAUCAUCAUGGUCAUUCUGUCGCCGUGUCCUAGCUCUUAUUGGGAGGCGUGUCCCCGAAUCAAAUCCUCCUCCAGAUCCAUGGCACCUGGAUGGUAUGGCAUUUAAGCUGCAAUGGCGCCCAACGUCACUCGAGGAACUUCCUGAUGUUUCAAAUCUGCCGCCUCUAGAUUAUGCGCUUUUCCUCUUCAAUACUGUCAAAUUCUAUUUCGGGUUCCUGUCAUUUAUCAUUGAUGAAGAUUUGUAUCUUCAAGACCUACAUGAAUUUUACAAAGAUCCGGUUGCAAAGGCUGUGGAGUCAAGGUACUGGUAUGCGCAAUAUCUUCUAGUUCUUGCAUUCGGAAAGGCAUUCCUCACUCCCAAGAGCCCCUCUGGUCCGCCCCCAGGACACCAAUAUGCUGCGAGAGCUAUGGCUCUUCUACCAGAUUUAUCUGGUAUGCAUAAAGAUACAUUGACGUGCAUCCAGGCCAUGAGUCUAGGUGCAGUGUAUCUCCAGUCCAUUGAUAUGAGGCGGGCAGCAUUUCAGCAUAUUGGACACGCAUUGCGUGGGUGUAUAAUCGAGGGCAUUCAUAGGCAUGUUCCUGAAGAGUUCGGUGGACCUGAGCUUUCUAGACGAUGCCGGACAAUAUUUUGGGUAGUAUAUAUGCUUGACCGAGAAUUUGCCGCAUUAAUAGGCGCACCAAGCUCCAUACGAGACGAGGAUAUCACAGUCAUGCUCCCUGCAGAGGUUGAAAGCUCGGUGGAAGACAUUAAUCUUACAUUACACGUUCGACUUUCCAGGUUGAUCGCUCAAAUAUUGACGACCAUUUACAACCCCGGUGAUGAGCUUAAUGGAUCCCUCAUUCGAAAUACACAAUCGAUUCUGCACAGCAUGGCAGAGCUCUCGCACGACAUUACUGCCUUUCUGAAUACGCAUUUCCACGGUCUCAUCAGUCGAGCGUCAAAGAUGGCAAUCCGACUAAUGUUGGCUCACCACCAUUGCAUUGUCCUUACGACAAGGCCAUUGGUUAUGUGUGCUUUGCAUAUGCAUAUCGACCGCACCGACAUGCAAACAUCACAGACAAUCAACCUUGCUCCACCGGUUUCUUCCCUUCUUCAGUGUUGUGCAAAUUCCGCCCAAACUAUUCUCCAAACUCUCCAAACCCUAGCCGACGAUGACUUGAUGGACGCAUUUUUACCAUUCCAAAUCGAGGACGCUUCUUCAUCAGCAUUCGUUCUCUACCUCAUCCGUGCCAUCGCGCCUUCGCUCAUCCCAAAUAGCACAUGGUGUGACAACCUCGAGUGCGUCCUAGAUAAGCUCAUUGCAAAAGGUAACCUUGCCGCACCGCUACGAAGACGAGAACUAAGCCAGCUGGAGCAAAUUCUUGCGCCCUUGACUCCAAAGCCUCAGAAUAGCCCAUUGCCACCGGUGCACUUUAACGCUCCAUCGGAGGAGCAAGAAGAGGCAUAUGCUAUUGAUCAGGUGGAUGUUGGUGAAGAGUUUGAGUGGGACCUGCUGGGCCUUAACCCUUCUGUCAGCCUCCCACCAGCAGAGCUCCUUGAUCUUGCUGAUCAAUUGGAUAUGGAACGUAUUAUGCAAUCAGUUGGCGCGUGUGUGAAUUGA